CACUCAAGACUGAAGAGGUAUUGUUACUCUUCCCACUCUUUGAUUCUCUCACUUCAUCUUCUCCCACAUUUUUUAUACCUUCGUUUGUUUGUUUCUUUGAUCAAACCACACUCUCUCCCUUUCCCUUCAAUCUUCAACGUUUCUGUUAUUUCCGACUCUCCUUUUCCCUGCAUUUUUCCAGGAAAAUUUCUUUGCUAUUUUCUGGGAAAAGAAAAGAAAAGAAAAGGCAUGAAUGCUGACAAGGAAUGUGUGUAAGCGGCGCAUUUUGAAAGCACCAUCAUUAUCGUCAAUGCAGAAUGGAAUCUCAGCUUUUCAAGGCUCUCUCAACCUCACUUCCAAACUCAUCACUACUAUACAAUGCAACUCCUCUUAAACCCUAACUUUGCUCAAAAGGGUCAACCCUUUCUGCACAACUUGAUCGUGCUGUGUUAGCAAGUUCUAUCAACUUCAACCUGCUGAUUUGGGAAUUUUUGUCUGGGAGGAAUGAGGUUCUGCUAUCUAAAUGGCUCUCAAUUUGCGGUUUUGGAUGGCUCUAAGUGUGUAGUAGUAGCGUGAAAAUCUGAGAUCUGCAUCAGGUGUUAGCUAAAAAUUUGAUAUUGAUCAUGGUUUCUAUGGUUUCUCAAGCUUCUAAGUGAUGGGUUUCAGUGAAUUUUUGAUGGGUAGGUGAUGGAUGUUUAGGUCUUAAAGAAUCCUGUGAAAGGGUGAGUGGUGAAGUGAAAAAAAAAUUGAGCCAUAGAGAGUUUUGUGUGUCAAUGUCAGGUCAGAGAUUGAAGUCAAUGAAUGGUGGUGAGUCAGAGACAAGGCCUGUGCUUGGACCAGCUGGGAACAAGACAGGGUCUUUGACUUUGAGUUCUAGGAAAAUUUCAAAGCCAAUUGUUAAAGCUGAGAAAAUGCGGAAUGAAGUUGCUUCAACAAAAGAGAAGAAAUGCUAUGAAGUGUCUUUAGUUGUGGGUUCUUCUCCUUCUCCUCAGUCACAUUCUGUGAGUGUUCUACGCCGGCAUGAGCAGUUGUUGCAUUCUGAUGUGUCUCUGAAUGCUUCGUGUUCUUCUGAUGCAUCCACUGACUCGUUUCAUAGCCGUGCUUCUACUGGAAGAUUGACUCGGUCUAAUAGCUUAGGUUGUACAAGGAAGCGGUCUGUGUCAAAGCCUAGAAGUGUUGCUUCUGAUGGUGUGUUAGAAUCUCCUCCUCAUGCUUCUCACUCCAAGAAGAGGUGUGCCUGGGUCACUCCCAAUACUGAACCAUGUUACGCUACUUUCCAUGAUGAAGAAUGGGGAAUUCCAGUACAUGAUGACAAGAAACUGUUUGAGCUUCUUGUUCUUUCGAGUGCUCUGUCUGAACUAACUUGGCCCGCUAUUCUAAGCAAGCGACAUGUUUUUAGGGAAGUUUUUGCAGACUUUGAUCCAGUUGCUGUCUCAAAAGUUAAUGAGAAGAAGAUCAUGGCACCAGGAACUGCUGCAAGCUCAUUACUUUCUGACCUUAAAUUACGUGCUAUAAUUGAGAAUGCACGACAAAUAUCAAAGGUCAUAGAUGAGUUUGGGUCGUUUGACAAGUAUAUUUGGAAUUUUGUGAACCACAAGCCUAUAGUAAGCAGAUUCCGAUAUCCUCGACAGGUUCCUGUAAAAACACCAAAAGCUGAUGUAAUUAGCAAAGACCUGGUGAGAAGAGGUUUCCGUGGUGUGGGUCCCACAGUUGUAUACUCCUUCAUGCAGGUCGCAGGGUUAACAAAUGACCACCUCAUCAGUUGCUUCAGAUUCCAAGAAUGUGUGGCCGCAGCAGAAGGGAAGGAAGAAAAUGUCAUCAAGGAUGAUGCUCAACAAAAGGAGUGUGAUAAUGUGAUGGAAUCUGAUCUGUCCAUGGCCAUUGAUAAUUUGAGUUUCUCCUCGGAGUGAAUGAAUGAAGGCUCAGCUUUCUGGCCUUACAGAGAUCCUGGUUCUACCGGCAGUUCAUCUGGUAGCGCAAGUUCAUAUUACUUAGGCCUUAGGUUGAGCCAUGAUUGAGGAGAACUUGUGUAUCUAUCUCAUGGAAUCUUUAAAAGCAUAGUUGAAUUAAAUCAGCUGAGUACCCAACUACCCUUGCUGUUGUAUGAGGCUUCUCCCGGGAGGCCUUAACAAAUUGGUGUACAAUUUUUUGUACAGUAACAAAUAUCAAUGAUUAUAGUUUUCUUUUAUCAAGUCAG